UAGCUUACAUCCUUUACAUAAAACGGAGAGGGGGAUCAAGCAUCUGCCGGUGUCUGCCAUGCGAAGAUAAUCGUGUUUUUUGUUUUUUUUUAAAUAUUGCGUAUCGCGGUAAGUAGAGCGUGCUGAUCAGAAAUUCAUCCAGGUACACAAGGUUGUGCACGUAGACCACCUUUUAUUUUACGAGGAACUUACAAUAAAAACUAUCAUGGAUCUCAUCGAAGGAUGCAAGAUUGCUGCCAUUUUUACCACGGGCUACAUGGCCGGAUCAGGGAUUUACAUUUCACUGGUCGAAGUCCAGAGCAGACGAUCACUGCCAGCCAAGGCCUUGUGGCAGCAGUUUACAAGAAGUUUCAACAUGGCCGCAAAAUCAAUGAUGCUUUCUACUUUGGUGACAGCUGCCGCACCCACGUAUCUUUAUUUCGCCCUUGAGGAGUCAAAGUCACGUAACUUGUGGCUCGUCUCCCCUGCCUGUUUCCUCAUUGGUUCAAUAUACACAUUCACAAUUAUCAUCCCAGAAGUCAAAGUGAUUUUGGACGAGAAGGUCAUUGAGAAAAAAGGUGAGGAAUGGUUGGACGAUGCGAUAGAACGGUGGAGCAGAAGACAUCUCUUUAGAACAGUUUUAAAUACGGCCAAUUUCGUAUGUAUGAUCCUGGCCACGAUCCGAUCGUAGAAACGGAAAGCAUACCGGUAUAUGUAUAUAUAAUGUGUAUACCGGUAUAUGUAUAUAUAAUGUGUAUAUAUUCAUUUUGUAAUUUUGUUACAAGCCAUAUAUAAUGUUAGCAGUAAAUUCUUUUGAACUCGAA